AUGUAUGUUUGUAAUUUAGCGGGAGAUAAUCGUGGGAAAAACCCCGUUGAGGACGAUGAAAUUUUGAUUGGCAGUCUUGGUAGUGUUAAGGGCAAACGGGGUAGAGAUGUGCUUCCUAGGAGUGGUUGCAAAGUUAGAAUGUACUUGGUUAAUAAGAAAAAAACAAGUCAUUGGGAGAUAACCGCUUUGGAAUUAGAACACAAUCACGAAGUUGUUACUCCUUCUAAGAUGAGUUUGAUAAGACGGGAGAGACAUGUGAGCGCGGCUCAAAAAAAUUUGAUCAAGACCUUACAUGUUUCAGGUGUCCCACCAAGACAACAAAUGAAUAUUUUUGGUAAAAUGCACGGAGGAGCGGAACAAGUAGGUUUUAAUAGCCAACAUCUAAUAAACGUCGUACGUGAUUUUAGGAAGGACAACAUGGGAGUUAAUGAUGCUCAAGCCGGUUUGGAUUUGUUGUACCGUUUGCAAGAAGAGAGCGGCGGUAAAUUUUUCAUCAAGACUCUCCUCGAUGACGAACAAAGAUUGAAGUGUCUUGUAUGGGUCGAUCCCCACUCUUUGAUGGCCUACAAAAACUUCGGUGAUGUGGUUGCGUUUGACACUACAUACCGAACUAAUAGGUAUGCUAUGCCGUUUGUGCCUUUCACCAGAGUCAACCAUCACAAUCAAUCAAUACUUUUUGGUUUUGCACUCGUUCGGGAUGAAUUGAAGACAACUUUUGAGUGGGUUUUGAGUACUUGGCUAGAAGCAAUGGAAGGCAAAGAACACUUGGCUAUCAUAACCGAUCAAGAUCAAGCCAUGGCCGCGGCUAUUGAAUCACAACUUCCGAACACAUCACAUUUGUUAUGCUCAUGGCACAUUAGCAACAAAUUCCCUGAGAAACUUGCAACAUAUUAUUCCAAGGAAGGUUUUAAAUUUGAUUUCAACAAUUGCAUAUAUCACUCUUUGACCGAAGUUGUGUUUGAAGAUCGGUGGAAGGCUUUGAUUUUAAAGUACAAUUUGGAAGGCAAUACAUGA